AUCGCGCGCCUCGCCACCGCCGCGCAGCUCCUUCCCAACGUUUUGUCCCAACCCCCGCAUGCGCAGUUGAUUCGUCGCCGUCUUCUCAGGUCAGCGCUAUGCAACGGCCGUCGUGGAGGCUUCUCCGGGCUCUCUGGUUAAUGGGGAUAUCGAUAGUGCUGCUCCCUCAGUGGUCCCUGCCUCAUAAUGGCGCGGGUUUCUUCUGUGCAACCCCUCCAAGCAUUCUUCAUGGAUUUCACAAUGGGACUGGAGACCCUUUCUAUGCUCUUGGAAUAGUGAUAACAUAUACUUGCAGUGAUAAUUUCUCUCUUAUUGGAGCAAACUCUAUUUACUGUGGCAUGGAUAGUGAUACUAAAGGAGUGUGGAAGGGAAACCCCCCUGAAUGCAAAGUGGUGAAAUGUGAAGAUCCAGUAGUUAAACAUGGAUUAAUAUUAAGUGGAUUUGGAGAUUCAUAUACGUAUGGCAACACUAUUACAUUUGAAUGCAAAAUUGGAUACUUUCUGACGGGAAAUUAUUUGAUUAAAUGUGAAGCGAACAGUAGCUGGUAUCCUGCGCUGCCAUCAUGUAAAAAAAGUAAGAAUAUAAAAUUUGUGUUUUCAGUUAGAACUUCACCAGACAUUUAUUACCUGUCUAUCCCUAAUGCGAAAAUAAUCUGGGGGAAGAAAACCAGCUAUGAGCCUGGAGAUAAAGUUACUGUUCAAUGUUCCGCUGGCUAUACAUUAUCAGGGCCAUCUGAGAUUCGCUACAUUGGUGGGAAGCAAUGGUCACCUGAACUUCCAUCUUGUUAUCUGAGUUUUGUCUUCGUACUGCUUAUAUUUGCAUGUUUGCUUGUUUUCUUAUGGCUGCCAGCCCAAUCGCUUUACACGACCUUGUGUUCCAAAUAAAGCUAUUCUAAAACGACUGCUAAAAUGAUACACCUAGAAUAUCAAAGAUGCUUAAGCUCUCCUGAAUCUUCAUACCUCUUUGGAAAAGUGACUUGUGUAAUAACAAAUGCUGCUGCGGCAGCACCGUGUGGAAUUCUAUAUGAACAAACUGCUGCAUUCCCCAACAGCCUCUGAGGAUAGAACUAAAUGUUAAAAGAAAUCCAGGUUACAGUAUCUCUGAAAAUGCCACAUCUGUUCUGACUUUUCUUCUUUCUUCUCCUUAAUGUCUAGUCAUUGCAACUUACCCCAUGCCCUCAUGUCAUUACACCGUGUAUAUGCUCAACUGCACUGUCACUGUCUUCUGCUGUUAGAGAAAUGUAUAGCAUAAAGAUGUUGGACACAUCAUUAAAUGCUAUAGAGCAGAAGAAACCCAACCAGGGCUGUAUCCCACCACCUGCCCCGGAGUCAAAAGACUUUGAGACUGCUUCGCUGUCAUUCCACUUUGAGACUGCUUCGAUGUCAGUCUCCGUUGUAAUGAAAAGGGAUUACCUUGAAUUAAUUAAAAACCUCUUACAAUCCAAUAUAUCCAAAUACAGUAGUAGUCCUUCUGUUGUAAACAGGAGAAUGUCAUUACUAUCCAUGAUGGUUUUCCAGAGUAACAAUCGGCUGCUUUUUUCAAUCUCUUUGGAUUUUAGAAGUUCACAAAAGCCAUUCUGGGGUAAGACUUUAUGUUUCAGAUGCAUUUGGUUUACACUGACCACUGUUUUAAAUCUGAAUCUUAUAACUUGUAUAAAUUUAUGAAGAUAUUUUUGUAUGUUUGUGAAUCAAAGAUUUUAGAUUGUAAGAAAUAUCAUGCAUAUGUAUCAAUGUGAUAUGUUAAAUCUCUGCUUUAUAAAUGGUGUGUAGAUAGUGUGUGUCCCUGUACCUUUUUAGGCAGUUACUAGUCCUUGACUAAAAUUAUACUGUGUUAGAAUCUUGCAAUAGUAGUCUGCACCACAAAUGAAAUCCUAAUAUACUUAACGUUAAUUUUCAGCCAUAUACAAAAUAACAACAACAAUACAUACCACAGAUCACCAGUAAAUCCUCAGCUUCAACAAUGUCAUUUUCAAUCUCCUACAGAUGAAAGUUAAUUCUAAUUCCUUUAGAAAAAAAACUAUCAGAUUCCACCUAGAACACUAUCCUUUCCAGGAUAGUUGCAUGCUUUUAUUCUUCCAACAUAACCCAUUUUCCUUUAAAGGAAGUUACUUCCUACCGCAUAAUUCUCUGCUGAAUCACAUACUGCACCUUCGUAAGUCGAAAAACGCCAUUGGAAACGCACGUUCCCAUAGGAAUGCAUUGGAAACAGAAAAAUUCGAAGCAACCCUAUCUAAAAAACUGCUGCGGUUUCCCCCCGAAUGUCGAGACAUUCGUAAGCGCGCGGCCAUUACCCCCAUCGAGUUGUUCGUAAGUCGAGGUACCGGUACCACUGUAUAUGACAUUAAAAUUUCAAAACAUUUACACACAAAAAGUCUGGAAUGCUAUUAUAACCCCCUGGGCCAAAUAUAUGAUACACUCGCCCCAGAUCCCAUCUGUAUAUUAGCUGGGGCAGCCUUCACCUGCUCCCUUAAAGGAACAAUGCCACAUUUGUGCCAUAUGAUUUUUAAAUACUGGUAACAUUAAUACUUAUAUUUUAAAAAUCCCAAGUAGAAACAGACUCUGUAAAAUUAAUCUUAUUGCAGAAAUACUGUUACAGUGGUACCUCGGGUUACAGACGCUUCAGGUUACAGAUGCUUCAGGUUACAGACUGCUAACCCAGAAAUAGUACCUCGGGUUAAGAAAUUUGCUUCAGGAUGAGAACAGAAAUCGCGCCACCACAGCGCAGCUGCAGUGGGAGGCCCCAUUAGCUAAAGUGGUACCUCAAGUUAAGAACAGUUUCAGGUUAAGAACAGACCUCCAGAAUGAAUUAAGUUCUUAACCAGAGGUACCACUGUAUUUAAACCAUUAGGAAUAACUGCCUGACAUAUAAUAUGCUUCUCGUUGAGAAAGUAAAUAAAAGUAUAAAUUGCUAAAAACUUCAAGGGUAUAUGUUGAUUUGCUCCUGUUCCUUUUAAAUGUUUUCAUUUUUGCUUUCUUUAACCACACCCUAAUUGAGCGCUUUACUUUAAGUCACUUGGAGACUUUUGAGUGACAAGUGUCUAAUAAAUUUAAUAAUUUUUUAAAAUCACAUUUUCAUAUUACAGUACUUUCCUUUGGUCUGUAGUCUUUGCUGGUUACUAGAUUUUUCAUUUAAUUUUAUAGCUGAUUUGCAGAGGACCAAAAGGCCCACCCCCUUGACCCUGCAAAUAAGCUGCACUACAAUUCUAUGAUUCUGUAAGGUACAAUCAUAUACAAAGCUGUCCACCAAAACACUGUCACAAGGCUAAAAUCAAAACUUUCUUUACACAACCCUACACAUGGCAGGGACCCAUUAUACCCAGAGAUUACCAUGUGUAGUCAAUUUAAAUUUUGGAGAGUAAUAGCACAUGUACAAUCAUGUUGGUGAACAAGGAUUUGAAGGAAAAUAAACUUGUGGAUAUGUGGGAAGGAAGAAUUAUUGGAUCAGAAUAGCUACUUAUCAGAAGGAAGGGUAAUUAUUGGAAUCAGAAGGCAAUGAAGGAUAAAACCCCGUCUACUGAACACCCAAUAGAGUCGGAAAA